AUGUUAAAGCAUUUAAACAGAAGUGAUAGCGAAGAUAAAUCUGUAACCUUAUCUGCUAUAAAGGAAGAGGCACCAGAUAACGAAAUUUCAAUGGUAGGGCAUUAUAUGUCUUUAAUAUCAUCUCAGCCUGAUUCUUCUGAAGAAGAAACAACUGCUGAAGUAUCUUUUCUUCCUCCUGCGUUGCCAAUGCUAAAUUCUGCUGAAGGAGAUACCAUUGAAAAAGCAAGACCUGUGGAAAGACCUUGUCCUUUCCCUAGUUUACUUGUUUCAAAGCCUUCCCAAUUGGGUAUAUCUGGAGAAACAGAUAUGAUUGACAAAGGAAAACUUUCAGAAAGACCUUAUCCUUACCCCAUUUUAGCUGUUUCGAAGUCUUCCCAACUGGGUACAUCUGGAGAACCAAGUUCUGCUGGAAGGUCUUUCUUGGACACUGGAUCAGAAUCAGACGCAAAUGAUAAUGAUGAUAUUGAAUCUGCUGCGAAAAGAGCUAGGUAUGAGAACAUUUCAUGGUUUAAAAAAGAUUUACCUCCUAAAAUUCAUGAUUUUAGUCCAACUGAUUCUGGUGAUGAUGAUAUUGCUUUGGAAAAUUCCUCUACGUUUGAAUAUUUCAGAAUAUUUUGGUCAGAACCGUUUUUAUCAUUUAUAGUUAACGAGACAAAUAAAUAUUAUAAAUACAUGAGUGAAAAUUCAAAUCAAGGAAUCCAUGCACGAUUGAUAAAAUGGAAAAAUACUACUCUUAAAGAAAUGUACUCUUUUUUGGCCUUGACAAUGUUGAUGUCACGCAUGAAAAACAUGUCUUUUGUGGAAUUUUGGUCCAAGGAUUCCCUUUUAAGCACAUCAGUUUUUGGAGAAGUAAUGGCUAAGGAUCGAUACUUACUUUUACUACGGAUGCUUCAUUUUUGUGACAAUUCUCAACCAAGAUCCGAAGAUCGAUUCUUCAAAAUACGAUAUAUUGUGCAACGUCUUCAAGAAGAUUUCAGGUCUGCUUUUCAUCCCUUUCAAAAAUUUUAUUGUGAAGGAAAUACUCUUAUAUACAAAGGACGACUAUUAUUAAAACAAUAUUUACCUUCUAAAAAAAGUAAUUUUGGAAUAAAGAUGUUUAUUCUUUGUGAUUGGGAUAGUGGAUAUGUUCUGGAUUUUGUUGUUUGUUCUGAAUCCUCCACUGUUGCAUUAUGGGAACAUUCAAACCAUGCUAAUGAUAGUGAUACUGUGAUAUCAUUAUUACGGCCUUAUUUAGAAAAAGGUCAUAAUAUAUUUAUUGACAAUUGGGAUUCUAGUCCAGAUUUGUUUUUAUGUCUGUACCACAAGACAGCAAAUGAUCAUAGCAUUGAAAUGUCAAGAACUGAUAUACCAGUAAUGGCAGAAAAAUUGAAAAAGAAAGAAAUUCAGUUUACAUCUUCUAAUCUUCUAUUAUCUUUAAAAUGGCAUGAAAGAAGUGCACUGUGGAUGUUGUCUACUCAUCAAAGUGGUGAGAUUAUUAAUCAAGCUUUGGAAAGUGAUAUCAAGCCAAAUUUCAUCGUUGAUUACAGUAAUUCAGUAUAUGCCAUUGAAAAAUUAGGCAUGACAUUGAGCUCUACAGAAUAUGUUAGGAAAAGCAUAAAAUGGUACAAAAUAUUAUUCUUACACUUGCUUGAUCUUAGUAUACUAAAUGCUCGUGCUCUCCACAAAGUCUUAACUGGAAAGAAUUUUACAAUUGCAAAAUUUGAAUUAACAUUAAUUAGAGAAAUGCUAGACAAGUACAAAGAACAAAACAAGUCAGUAGAGGAGAAAACCUCUUUGCUGCCACGGCUUGUUGAACGACAUUUUCUAUCAUUGUAUGUGUCUGAAAGAUCAAAAAAGAAAAAUCCAGUAACAAGGUGUAUAGUAUGUAGUAAACACAAUAAUCGACGAGAAACAAGGUAUUGGUGUUUUAAGUGCCGUGUUGGUCUUUGCGUAGUACCAUGUUUUGAAAUGUACCACACAAGAGAAGAUUACUAA